AUGCUGUCAGAAACGCCCACACUUCCCCCUUCAUGGGGACCUUUUUCCAUGUUUGGGCGAUUGCGUAGAACGGGAUCACGGUUUUGGAUCCCGGAACGACGUCCGAGACUUGUUCAUCGAGACAACGGGCAUACAUCGGACAUCAUGCGGCUCUUGACGUCUCUCACAUUCGGGGUGUUUACACUCCUAGCGUUACCAGUGUCUCUAUUGGCAGCCCAGAAAGUCAACAACAUCACGGAUGCUGUAGCACAGCUUCCUACUUGCGCCGUUGCAUGUAUUCUGUCGGCAGUCCAAGGCUCAACGUGUGAGUUGACGAACGCGACUUGCGUCUGCUCUGAUUCGCAAUUUGAAUCCACGACCGAGGGCUGUAUAACAUCAGCAUGCCCCAUUAAAGAUGCUCUUCAUGUCAAAAACGUCUUCGAGACAACCUGCAACAGACCCCAGAGGGACCAUAGCCCGGAGUAUGCUCGUUUGACAUGGGUAUUACUAGGUCUUACUACUUUCGUUGUAGCUGCCCGCUUGAUAUACAAGUCCUUCUCGUCGGCACAGCUCGGACUCGAUGACCUGUUCACUUUACUAGCCUACCUCGCUGUUCUUCCGUCCUUCAUCAUCAACGUUGUCGGCCUCAUCCCCGCCGGGCUAGGCAAGGACAUAUGGACCCUCACACCACAUCAAAUCGAGAGUUUCGGUUACUGGUUCUACCUUUUGGAGCCCAUGUAUUUCAUCCAGAUGGGCUUAGUUAAGAUGGCAAUCUUAUGCUUCUACAUGCGCAUCUUUGACCGCGCCGGCCUUAGAACCCUUUUAUGGGCCACGGUUGUCUUCAACGCUGUCAACACUGUCGUCUUCGUCCUCGUCGGCGUCUUCCAAUGUACCCCUAUCUCGUUCUACUGGACGAGGUGGGAUGGCGAGGGAAAGGGCACUUGUAUCAACAUCAAUGCGGUCCCGUGGGUGAACGCCAUCAUCAGCAUUGCUUUGGAUCUUUGGAUGCUUUUCCUACCCCUGUCGAGGAUCCGGACUCUGAAUCUUCAUUGGUGGAAGAAGAUCGCCGUCACGCUCAUGUUCUGUGUCGGUACUUUCGUAACCAUUGUCAGCAUUCUGAGACUCCAGUCGCUGGUUCGCUUCGCGAAUUCCAAGAACCCUACAUGGGAUCAAUAUGGAAUCGCCUUUUGGACAUGUCUUGAGGUCCCUACCGGGAUAAUCUGCUGCUGUAUGCCGGCUAUGCGUCUCAUUCUCAUAAAGUCGUUCCCGAGGCUCUUCGGGAAGCUCACCGAGCGCCACAAUUCAAAAAAGUAUGCAGUUCCCUCAAACGAGGAGGACCGGAGCCGGAGCCGUAAUCGCAUUUCUCGCGUCCCGGUUCCGGAGGGCUCGACUACCGAGCCCCAAUCGGCUCCGCAGAACUCCAAAAAUAUCGUAUACGCCGGACAAUCUGCGGUCGAGGCUCACGACUCUUCGAGUCUGUUUGCAAUGACAGAAUUAGAGGCGGGGAGCGCCAAGGAUAGCAUGUCUCGAAGCCAUAGAUCAACGUCGCCCUCGCGCUCCUCCAGCGCAAUGUCAGGCCAGGAAGUAUCCAUACGGAGGUAG